AAAAUGGGAACUGCAAGGUAUGAUCGUGCCAUCACUGUAUUCUCCCCCGAUGGUCAUUUACUGCAAGUAGAAUAUGCUUUGGAAGCCGUGCGAAAGGGAUCGACCGCUGUUGGUGUAAGAGGUGAAAAUGUUGUAGUUCUUGGGGUGGAGAAAAAGUCAGUCGCCAAAUUACAAGAGGAAAGAACUGUCCGAAAAAUCUGCCUUCUUGACGAUCAUGUAGUUAUGGCAUUUGCUGGACUGACAGCUGAUGCCAGAAUAUUAAUUAACAAAGCCCAGAUUGAAUGUCAGUCUCAUAAACUAACGGUGGAAGAUCCUGUCACACUGGAGUACAUUACAAGAUACAUAGCCAGUUUGAAACAGAAAUAUACUCAAAGUAACGGAAGAAGACCUUUUGGUAUUUCCUGUGUCAUCGGAGGCUUUGACUAUGAUGGUCAACCACAUCUGUAUCAAACAGAACCCUCAGGGAUUUAUUAUGAAUGGAAAGCUAAUGCAACAGGUAGAAACGCCAAAACUGUUCGAGAAUUUUUAGAAAAAUAUUACCCAGAAAGUGAUGUAUCAACAGAAAAAGGCACUGUCAAACUAGCGAUCAAAGCUCUUCUAGAAGUUGUUCAGUCUGGACAAAAGAACUUAGAAAUUGCUGUCAUGAGGAAGAAUGAACCAUUAGAGAUGUUAGAUGCAGAAACCAUUGAAAAGUAUGUCACAGAAAUUGAAAAAGAGAAAGAGGAAGAAGCUGAAAAGAAAAAACAAAAAAAGUAGGAUAAGUGAUAACCCUGUAUUUAUGUUCUUUUUAAGUUUCUACAAUUAAUGUUUUUUUACAUUUCCUCUUUUUUUUUACUCUCCUUUGGCGCAUUUUCGUUUGUAUUUCCAAAAUAAAUUGAAACUUUUCAAGAAA